CCUUCCAGGGGAGACGUUUUUUCCAGCGUCAGCGGCGGAGCGGAGCAGGGAAGCCUCCGGCACCAAGGAGAGACACAAACUCAGCAGCCCGCUGCACCCUACAGGAAUGGUGUCAGCACCUGUGGAUACUCUGACGUGGACAGACGGGCACAGGCAUCUGGGACGCUUCCCUAUCAGCGGUGGAGAGAUCCAGAAAACACACCAGGAACUGCAGCUCUAAUUGUUCCUCAGCACAUAACUGAGCAGCAGGCUCCACCUAUUGCACCUAAUUAGCUCUGGCUCCUUUGCUCAGGAUCGUGCUGCAUGUGGGCAGGUUGGCUUUUGCAGGGAAAUGAUUCCACAUGAAGUGCGACACCCUCGACCCCCUGUCGUCUUUGGCGACAGCAGCAGGUGUGACGUUGUGACCCUGCCCACUGCCCCCACUGAGCUCCUCCUCCAGCCUCUAAGAACCUCUGGGCAGAACAGACCGUCCUACCCCUCCCCUCUUAACACCCCUCCACAUCAUCAUCUCCACCUUUAACCUUUUCUUAUCUGCUUUAUAUAUUCUACAGUUACCUUAUCAUAGAAAAAGGUGAAAAUCAACACGAUCGCAGGUGAACAGGGUAACAGAGAGAAGGGGAUCGAGGAGGAAGGAGGAAUUCACAGCUAAUAACAGAAGAGGAAAGUGUGAAACGGAGACAGGGAAGUGAAAGAGAGAGACAAAGAAGGAACCAGACAGAAAGAAAAAUAGAAGUUUACAAGUUGAGGAAAGGUAAAGCAAGUCCAGAAGAGGGACGUUAGGUAGACCAGCAUGAAGUCCAACCAGGAACGCAGUAAUGAAUGUCUGCCCCCAAAGAAGAGGGAGAUCCCCGCCAGCACAUUACCAUCUGAUAAUCGCUCACCUACCGCUGACAGUCAGCGCACUGAGAACCUGGCCUGGCUUGCUAGCAUGGCAGGGAACGAGAGCAGAGUGACUGCACAGCGUAGCAACAUCCAGUCUGACGGGCCCCACUACAAAGUCCUCUCCUCCACAUCAGACUCUUGCUCACCACCCUCCUCCUCCUCAUUGAGGCUCGUCUCAUCUCUUCCAACAACAUAUACAUCCCCCUUGUCACAGCCCACUGUUGGAGGGACUGUUCAUUACACUCAGCUACCUUCGAAUCUGCAGUUGAUAGCCUCACCCUACCCACCACCAUACACUGGGUACAUCUCCCCUCAGCUCUUUCCUCCACCUCCUCCUCCACCUCCUGCCCUCUCUUCCUCCUCGUCUUUGGGGGCACAGCGACCCUCACACACAAAUGCAGUCUCUGCCCUCUCACAGAGCUCCAAGCAUGACCAACAGCGAGCAACCGCAGGACGUACCUUCAUGCCCCCCCCCUCCACAGACCCAGCCCCUCACCAUGUGCAAAUGUCAACCUCUCCAAUAAGCAUUGCCCCACGGACUGUGGCAUCACCCCAUCAACAAGGAGAAGCUCAUGUUCCAUCCGGGCCAUUGCACCUCCACCAUACUUUGGGCCAUGGACUGUCCCAGGUUAUGGUGCAUUACACAGACGGACCUACAAGGAAAGAGGAAAGUAGUUCAAGACCCAGAGAGCUCCACAAUGGAGAGCUGGAUAGGGGCCAGCGGUUCGGCACAUCCCCUGAGUCCAUCCUCUCCAAGCCAGGAAGCAAAUCACGGGAAGCCACUUCUUCUUUGUCUACAUCUGCAUAUGAGGCACGCCACCUAGUUCUGCCGUCAGACUACUCUACACAUGAUCCCUCAGGACUUAGAACCUCUGUCAUGGUAAUGCCUAAUAGCCAUGGGGACCACAAAAUGGUGCCAUCCAGACACAGCCCUGAAAAACUGACAACCACUGCCCCCAACGCAUCCAGACAAAGUGGCAUUAUUUUGGGCAAACCAGUCAAUCGCACCCCAUCUUCCUCAAACAACAGCUCUACUUUCACGCUUCCAUCCCCACUAAAUGCUGACAAUCUGAAAGCACCUGUUAAUACACUGUCACCUCAGACUGUUAUUCAGACCACCCACAAUCCUACAGAGCCUCUGACAAUGAAUCUCCCCUCUAGUAUCUACCCACAGCCACCUAUCAUUGGUUAUAUUGCAGGAGGCAGUGGGAGUCAACAUUCACCAAUCAGCUACCACACUAACUUACAACAACACUUGCUCAUUCCUGGAACCCAACCAGUAAUUAUCCCUGUUAGUGGAGGUGGUGUCGCUGCAUUGGAACCUGUAACCUCCCACUUGGCAUCGUCUACUCAAGCCUCACUAUUUCCGACCACACUCCCGGCAACAUACAUUGCUGCCACCGCUCCUAAAGGAGACACGUUGGAAACCACCCAGUAGCUCCUACAACAAACUACAACAAGUGCUCUGGUCCAAGCACUUCAUCUCCCCAUUGUUUCUGCUCCGCCAGGGCUUGUUUGAUGCUUCUAUCCUCCUUCUCCAUCCAGUACACUGGUGCCCCUAUCACUCCCUCCAUAUUUCUUUAAGGGCUCCAUCAUCCAAUUGGCUGAUGGUGAUCUGAAACGUGUGGAGGACCUGAAGACGGAGGACUUCAUCCAAAGUGCUGAGAUCAGUAGUGAGCUGAGGAUUGACUCAUCCACAGUGGAGCGCAUUGAAGGGAGCAAUGCCUCACCCAACUGUGCUGUGGUUCAGUUUUCCGUUGGUGAGCAUCAUGCACAGGUGAGUGUGGAGGUCUUGCUGGAGUACCCCUUCUUCGUUGGGCAAGGCUGGUCAUCAUGCUGUCCAGACCGGACCACUCAGCUUCUGGAGCUGCCUUGCACUAAGCUUUCUGUGGGCGAUGUCUGUAUUUCACUCACUCUCAAGAACCUGAGGAAUGGCUCUUUAAAGAAAUCUCAGCCUGUCAACUUGGCCAAUCCUACCUCUGUCCUGAUCUCCAACCUGAAAUCACCCAGAGCCCUCUCAGAUGCUCCCCAAAGCUGCAGUGGAGGAGGCUUCAGGCACAGAGAGAGAGAGAAUGGCAUCAACCAGCAAGGGAGUGGUGGAAGUGGGAAUGGGAGCGAGGGGGGCAACAAUAUGGAGAACGGAGAGCUUGUGUUUGGGGAAAGAGGUUUUGUUUGUAAAGGUCAGACUGCCAGCAGUGCACAAGGUGGCUCAAUAAGACGACAGAGGCAGAAGCGAAGGUGGUCUGCCCCUGAAGGUCGAAAAAUAGAAAAAUCAGAGGACGAACCACCCUUGACCCUGCCCAAACCUUUUUUCGUCCCCCAUGAGGUGAAAGUCAGCAUUGAGGGCAGGUCUAAUAUUGGCAAGUGAAGAUUCAAAGCCCUCGCAAUUUGGAAAAACA